AUGGACGCGCGCGUUAGGCCACAAGUCGAAUCGUCGGCAACAUACCCUCUAACAUCUCACGAUAGGCAUCCUUUCUACGGCGAAUCGUGGCAGGUCCACGAAAUCAGCAUCCUGAAGCAAGUCUUGAUUUGUGCUAUGUUACUGAUGAUAACUAACUUAUACCGCGCAGUAAUAGCAACAUCUGGCCCGUCGUCGACAUACCCUAAACGCGCGUACCGGAACCCUACAGAGGAUCUAGUCAGUUUCCUCGACUCAAAACAUGGAGAGGAUUGGUCAAUAUUUGAGUUCCGAGCUGAAGGAACUGGGUAUCCUGAUGACGAGGUAUACGGGCGCGUCCACCAUUUCCCAUGGCCUGACCACCACCCACCCCCAUUCGCCCUGAUACCAUCGCUCAUGGCCAGCAUGCGGAAUUGGAUAAAUGGUGAGGGAAAGAGUAGGAGAGUUGCUGUGGUACACUGCAAAGCAGGAAAGGGUAGAAGUGGAACUGUUGCCUGCAGCUACCUUAUCAGUGAGCAGAGCUGGAGUGCAGAAGAUGCAAUGAAACAGUUCACGGAGCGCAGAAUGAGAGCUGGAUUCGGCGCUGGCGUGAGUAUACCGAGUCAAGUCCGAUGGGUAAACUAUGUUGAACGAUGGAAGAACGUAUUUAACAAGAUAUACGUCGAACGGCCUGUUGAGAUUCUUGAGAUUCAUAUCUGGGGCCUAAGGAAGGGGCUCAAGAUCGAUGUGGAAGGAUAUGUGGAUGAAGGCCGAAAAAUAAAACGCUUCCACAGGUUUGGUAAAGAUGAGUUCUUUUAUCAGAAUGGUGGUGCAGCCUUGAAAGAUGCCUCUUCUUCUUCUGCUUCUUCUGGGGAGGAGGAGAAAGAAAAAGGAACGGGCAAGCAAGGUGGUUCGUCUUCAAGCAAAUCGUCUACUCCAGACAAACCUGCCCCGGACAUUACAGAGCCGGAGCCCGUGACGGAGGCAGCGUGGUCAGCUCUCGCCUCUUCUCCGACUGAUUCAACAGACAAUGUUGUCCUCCGGCCCAAAAAGCCAGUUGUCGUUCCAACUUCAGAUGUGAACAUCGACUUCGAGCGACGGGCCGUGGUAUCAUACACAGAUUGGUCUAUGAUUACCUCUGUCGGCCAUGUCUGGUUCAACGCAUAUUUCGAAGGUGGCUAUGAUCACGACUCCGGGGUAUUUGAAAUUGACUGGGACGCUAUGGAUGGUAUCAAGGGGACCUCAAGGAAAGGGAUCAGAUCCCUUGAGCGUCUCAAGGUCGUCUGGAGGUACUAUAAACCUGCCGAGGAAGAGCCUUCGGAGGGCAAAGAACCUGAAGCUGGGGUUCCGGGCGCUCCUCCGCCUGGAAAGGUCAUAUCUGAGCCUGGCCCUGGAGAAGAAGUAUCCGAAGGCCAUGCUGCAGAUUGGCGAGGACAAGAUGAUGAUGUUGAGGGAGAAGAAGACAGAGAAUUGCUAGAACCAAGGCGUGAGCAGGGAGAAAAUGAGAAAAAAGAGAAUGAUUCCACUGCUGCUCCGUCUACGGUGAAGGAAUAA